AUGUUGAUGAGUGCGACUCACGAGAAUAAAAGGCCAUUGCCACAUGGGAAUGGGGAGGAUAGCUAUUUUAACAAGUCUAAAAAUUCUGGAGACGAGACCUUUGUCAAUGAAAAUAAGAAAAUUAAAUUGGAUGAAUCUAAUUCUAUAACUUCAAAUGAAGAAAAUUCAGAUGACAAUAAGGAUUCAAAUGAAGGGUAUGUCCAGGUUGAAAAUAAUGGAACUACCCAAGUUAUAAAGACUAGUUUUAGAAAAGAUGUUUUGGCUCCUGUAAUGCCAUCCAAGUCUAUUUCCAUUGGCAGAGAUCCAAAAACAAAUAAAUACCUAUUUCCUGAAAUAACAAAAGAUGACACUUUAAACGCAAGGAUUUUUUUGAAAUAUUACGGUCUACGAAAAUUUCUAGAUACUUAUUUACCGGAACAAUUGAAUACUUUGUAUUUGUAUUAUAUCAUUAAAUUAUUGGGCUUCGAAAUUACCGACAGUGCUUUGGUGGCUGCAAUUUAUAAAGUUGUCGAUGUUGAUUCGGAUUUAGAGUCUUAUAAAAAUGAUCCGGAUAAAGUUCUGGUUUACACAUACCCAGAAGAUCCUUUGGAGAAGAAACAUGCAGUUCGUUUGAUCAAAGAUCUACAAAGAGCCGUAAAUAAAAUAUUAUGCACAAGAAUCAAGCUAUCAAAUUUUUCAGAAACACAAGAUUUUGUAGAUAAAUUAAAAGUCGCUAAAAAAAUUUUAGUAUUGACGGGUGCAGGUGUUUCAACUUCUCUAGGUAUCCCAGAUUUCAGAUCUUCCGAAGGUUUUUAUUCAAAAAUCAGGCAUUUGGGUUUAGAUGACCCUCAAGACGUCUUCAAUUAUGAUAUCUUCGUUCAGGAUCCUUCUGUUUUUUACAAUAUCGCACAUAUGGUGUUACCACCAGAAAAUAUUUACUCUCCUUUGCAUAGUUUUAUCAAAAUGUUGCAAGAUAAAGGUAAAUUGUUAAGGAAUUAUACUCAAAAUAUUGAUAAUUUAGAAUCAUAUGCAGGAAUAAAGCCUGAAAAAUUAGUCCAAUGUCAUGGUUCGUUUGCCACUGCAUCUUGUAUUACUUGCCAUUGGCAACUACCUGGUGAGAAAAUUUUUGAAAACAUUAGAAGUUUAGAAUUGCCUUUAUGUCCAUAUUGCUAUCCAAAGAGAAGGGAAUAUUUUCCAACUGAUGUUUAUGAAUCUGAUAAAGAAACACCAGACGGAGCUUCCCAUAAUACACAAUUAAGUUCGUUAGGCGCGGUACCAAAAUCUUACGGUGUUUUAAAACCUGAUAUUACCUUCUUUGGUGAAGCAUUACCAUCUAAAUUUCAUAAGACUAUUCGUGAAGACGUUUUAAAAUGUGAUUUGUUAAUUUGUAUAGGAACCAGUUUGAAAGUUGCUCCUGUGUCAGAAAUUGUAAAUAUGCUGCCGGCACAUGUUCCACAAGUUCUGAUCAAUAAAGACCCAGUUAAACAUGCAGAAUUCGAUAUCUCAUAUCUAGGUCUCUGUGAUGAUGUCGUUGCUUACAUUACAGAAAAAUGUGGAUGGGAUAUUCCUCAUGAUAAAUGGGAUACAUUGAAAGAUACAGAAUUUGAAUGUAUAAAGAAAGAUAGAGGUGUUUAUACAGUGGACCAGGAGGAAAACCAUUAG